GGCUCAGCGCGGGGCCUGGGGCAAGAGCGCCUGGAGCAACCCUAGGCGAGCCUCUUUGGAACCCACCGAAAAGCUCCAUGUGCGCCACGCUUUGAGUGGUGAGUUCACGCAUCUCUGCCAAAUUUUCAGGUGCUGAACCCUUCCGACCACACGGCCCAUCCAACGGCGCAGAGGAGCUCCCUCCAUGCGCUGGGCCCUGCUGCUCCAGCUGCUCGCUAGCCUUCCAAAUGGACAGGCUGAGGAGCAUUGCAGCCUUCUUCAGGCGAAGACGGCCGCGGCAGCGCUUCAGGUGGAGCGGCCCUACUUCGACCUUUUGAUCGUGGUACCCUCCAACCCGCAACAACUGGCGCUACGCAGUGCGGUGCGACAAGGUUGGGGUCGUUACCUCAACGAAACUGGGCACUGCCCUCGCUGCAACAGCAACCGUACUGUGAAGCUGCUCUUCGGAGUGGGCCCCUUACCGGAGUGGAUGAAGAAUCAAAGCACAGGUGAAAGAGAGAAGGAUCUGGCAGUGCUGCCCAUCGUAGCGGAUGAGUACCACUCCCUGACUGAGAAGAUCAGGAAUUUGAUCGCGUAUGCGCUGGAAAACUACCGCUUUGCGCUUUUGCUGAAGGCUGACACGGACUCUUUCAUCUUCAUGGAUCGUGUCCUCCGAACUUUGGAGCAGAAAAGUCUCUUCGAGCAGCAAGACCUCUAUGCAGGUGGGCUCAUCCGACGUGUGAAGCCCAUCGUGAAUCUCAAGGACCGGCACGCCAAGUGGGCGGAUUUGCACUACACGAACCUCACUGGGCACAAGCGGUUUCCCCAUUACGCAGGGGGCUUCGGGUAUUUCCUCAGUCCUUCACUUUGCCGCUACAUUGCCACGCACAAGACCUCACCCAUGCUGCCGGAGCUCACUGCCUUGGCCAACGAGGAUGCUUCCGUGGGCUUUUGGCUGCAGCCGGUGCAGCAUCAAGAGGUGUAUUUGCCCGUUUCCAAGAAUACCACCGGCUGCCACGACAGGGAUGUGAUGAUUGACCACGAGAUCUCGAAGGAAAGGAUGCUGCACAGAGGGAAGAAGCUGAUGAAGCAAGGAGAUCCUUGCUCUUGAGAGAAGGGCUUCUUGCAGCGAUCCCGCUGACGCAGCGGAGCCGCAGAGCCGCAGAGCCUGUCGCGACGACCACCGCGACCGGGGCUCACGGAGUGUAAAGUUCCGCACUUCGUUGCGUCGCACGACCGCACGACGAAGCAAAGGUCUAAAUGUUGC